AUGCGCAGAGAUGUGCGGAUACUCCUCGUUGGCGAUGAGAGCGUCGGAAAGAGCACCAUCGUCACUUCCCUCAUCAAGGAAGCCUUCGUGCCGCGCGUGCAACACAUCGUCCCGGAGGUGACCAUUCCUCCGGAGGUUACUCCGGAGAAUGUGACUACAUACAUCGUUGACUCUGGCAACGGACCGAACGACCGGCAACAUCUGGAGACCGAGAUCCGCAAAGCGCAUGUCAUCUGUGUCGUGUAUUCUAUCGACAAUCCCAACUCUUUCGACCGAAUACCCACAUAUUGGCUACCUUACUUCAAACAGCUCGGGGUGAACGUCCCCGUAAUUCUGGUCGGCAACAAAAUAGAUCUACGAGGAGGAGAGGUCACAAAUGAAGCGUUAGAGGAGGAGAUUAUACCCAUCAUGAAUGAAUUCAAGGAAGUAGAGACCUGCGUGGAAUGCUCUGCACAAAUGCCCUUGAACGUGUCAGAAGUGUUUUACUUUGCCCAGAAAGCCGUGCUGCACCCGACCGCGCCACUUUACGACUCAAGAGAUCAUGUUCUCAAGAAAGACUGUGUCUCUGCUCUACGUCGAAUAUUCAAACUGUGUGAUGCGAACAAGGAUAGCAUCCUUGACGCCGCAGAGCUCAACGAGUUCCAGCGGAAAUGCUUCGAUGCCCCAUUACAGGCCCAAGAGCUUGAAGGCAUUCAAGACAUGGUCCGACAGCAUUCGGAGGGCGGCGUCCGUGACAACGGCCUGACCGAGGAGGGAUUCCUCUAUCUGCACACGAUCUUCAUUCAGCGCGGACGAUUGGAGACAACGUGGACAGUAUUGAGGCAGUUCGGAUACGGCGAAGACCUCCGAUUGACGGAAGAUUUCCUCUAUCCGAAGUUUGACGUUCCUCAUGACUGUUCUGUCGAACUCAGCCCGAAAGGGUACCGCUUCCUCACGAAUGUCUUUGAGAACUUUGACAAGGACCAAGACGGCGCGCUGAACAAGGAGGAACUCGAUGAACUCUUUAGCACGUCGCCCGGGAACCCAUGGGCCGGCCAGAAGUUCCCUGACACCACAGUCGCCGAUGACACCGGAGCAGUCACUCUGCAGGGCUGGCUAGCGCAGUGGAGUAUGACGACAUUGCUCGAGUACAAGACUACUCUGGCGUAUCUGGCAUAUCUCGGUUACCCAGAAGAACCCCGGACCGACGCAUUGGUGGUCACGCGGCCACGAAAGGUCGAUCGGAGAAAGGGCAAGUCGGCACGGAACGUGUUCCUCUGCUACUUCUGCGGUGCGGCCGGCUCUGGCAAGACGUCUCUCCUCCGCGCGUUUGCGGGCAAGCCGUUCAGUCCAGUGUACGAGCCAACGAAGAAGAUGAACAGUGUCGUGAACUCGGUGGACAUCGACGGGUCAGAGAAGUACCUCGUGUUGCAAGAGUUUGGCUCCAAGUACGAAGCAGAAACGCUUCGAAAUCCGAAGAAGUCCGAUCUCGCGGAUGUCAUCGUGUAUGUGCACGACUCGAGCGACACCAACUCGUUCUCGUACAUCAGCAAUUUGCGGCAACAAUACAGUCUUGACCACAUGCCGACGUUGUUCGUGGCCACGAAGUCGGACCUAGACCUCGCAUUGCAGCGACACGAGGUGCAACCAGAUGUCUACUGCCGACGGUUGCAGCUGCAAGUGCCCAUCGCGGUCAGCGUAAAGACUGGGCAGAUCGCGGACGUGUUCCACGCCGUGUGCAAGGUGGCCAUGAACCCGAACUCGGCCAUUCCUGGAGGGGCCGAUCGUGCGUUGUCGGCGACGGCGCGCCUGCGGAUGUACCUCAAGAUCGCGUCUGCGGUGGGAGGGGUGUCUGCGGGGCUGUAUCUCGUGUACCGGACAUUUGUGCGACCAGGCGGGACGGGCCCAGGGGGCACAUGGAGCGCGAGCCAGUGGUUGGCGUGGCUGUUUGUUGGUGGUCGACGAGAGCUGUAG